AUGUCUUUGGCCGGCCAGGCCUUGAAUGUGUUCCAGAAUGUCAGCACUCCAGCUCCAUCGACUUCCACGUUUUUCUCAACGCCGCUCAACGUGCCGCGAGCACAGAAUGCGCUCGUUUCGAUUGAAGGCCUUCGCUCCAAUCUUGCCGAAACCAUGGAUCAAUGCUUAUCGGCGCUGGAACGCAGCGGACUGCCGGCUUUUCCGCAGACAGGUAUGUUUCAUAAUAAUUUUUAAAGCUUUUGAAGUAAAAAAAUAGUUUAAAAAAAUGGUGGGUUUGAAUUUUACCAUACUCCACUUUACUUUACUAUACCUUAUUCUAUUCAACUCGAUGACGUUUAAAACAGUUUUUUUUUAAUUAAAAAAAAACUCAAAAACAUAUGUCCGUGUUAGUCAGAGAUUAUUUUAAAUUAAACUAUCAUAAAACUGAAAUGUUAAUCUUCAGAUGACGGAUCGCUUUGGUGUAACGCAACAUGGGACACAGUGCUGUGUUGGCCGGCAACCCCAGCCGGCUCUACUAUAACAUUACAAUGUCCGCCGCUUAAGGGCCUUAAUCCUGCUAGUAAGUAACGAACCACAUUUUUUGUAAACUGUUAUAUGAUUUUUUAUUUAAUAUUUAAAAAAAUUAAUUUUUUUUUAUUUUUUUGAAAACAGAAAAACAGGUUUUGUCGUAUAAAUUGUCUCUUUGUCGAUGUUAAAAUUCGUAUUUUACAAAAUCUUUUUAGCUCAAAAAAUAUUUUUCACAAAUUAAAAAUUUCAGAAUCAAUUACGAAAAUAUGCCACGCAAGCGGUCAUUGGCAGGGAAAGACCGUGGACGACUUCUCCCGGCCUUACGGCUGGACAAACUUCUCAAUGUGCUUCACACAACAAGUCGAAGACAUUAUGCGAAUGAGUAACGGGUCACUUGUGGUAAGAUAUUAUUGAUUUUUGACACAAAACGCCAAUGAUUUUUGAGGACGUUUUGUGGUCUUUAAAGAGAGAAAGACAAAUAGGCGUAUUUUACUUUUAAAACUAAAUUUUAAUAAUUCAUUUUUAAGAUUUUAAAGAAAAGCUUUUAAAAUUACAUAUCUCUCACUGUGCUUUCUUUAAACUUAAAUUUUCGGGAUUAGAAGUCCAGUUGGGUCGCGAUAGGCCCAAAAGCCGAAAAUUUUUGAACAACCUAAUAAAAUACAAAGCCAAAGAAACCUAAAUAAAAUAAAGAAAAGUUAUAAGACUAAGAAAAACACUAUAUCUUUUUAGGUAAUAAAAUAAAAUUUCAAUGAAAGGUUUCAUUUUCAGAUGGCACAAGAAAUUGCCAAAAACACGAGAAAAUUGGAGUUUGUCGGGCUUGGCUUAUCAUUUAUCAGUUUAUUGAUCAGUAUUCUUAUUCUCUCAUCAUUUAGGUAAGUCAAAAUUUGUUUAAUCAAAAGUUUUUUUAUUUUUUUAAUGUAAAAUACAAUGGCGUUUUUUAUUAUAUCCUACUUUACCCUGCUUUAAUUUGUCCUCCCUACCCAACCCUACCCUAUUCUGCCGUGCUCUACUUUACUCUGCCCUAUUUUACCUUACUUUACUUUAACCUAUCCUACUCUACCUAUCUUAUCCUAUUCUAUUUCUUUACCUUACCAUAUUUUACCCUAAGUGGCUUAUUUAAAAUAAAGUUUUUGCCAUUUUCAGUCGAUUACGGGUAUUUCGAAACAUGUUGCAUCUUCAACUGAUGAUAGCCAUAAUGAUGAUGGUGAUAAUUCGCCUAGUAAUUUACAUCGACCUUCAAUUCACUGACAUUUCUCAACCGAUGGCCGAUUUGGGUGGGAAGACGAUAAACUCUAUGGUGGGUUUUUAAAAGGGUAGCUGGUUUAAAAAGCUAUGACAUACUUUUGUUAUCAUAAAAAUUAAGAGAUUUUGUAUGUUUGAAAUUAAACUUAUUAGAAUUAACUGUAUAUUGUUAUAGGUAUUUGUAUGUGAACUCGCCUACUUUCUACUAGAAUAUUUCAAAACUGUCGGUUUCUGGUGGAUGUUCUUAGAAGGCUUCUACCUUCACAAUCAACUAGUACUAACCGUAUUCAACACCGAGCCAAAGCUCUUCCCAUACCUUUUGGCUGGCUAUGGUAUACCUCUCAUACAUACGAUGAUAUGGCUGGCUGUGAUUGUGAUAAAGAAACAGGGCAAAGUAGAACGAUGUCUUGGGAAUUACUAUCUGGAGCCGGACUUUUGGAUUCUGGACGGGCCGAGGAUGAUUCAGCUUGUCAUCAACACCUUCUUCAUCUGCAAUGUCAUACGGGUACUAUGGUCAAAGGUCCGCGAUUCGCACAGUACGAGCGAAUUGGACAGGAUGAAGUGGGUGUUCGUUUUUAUUCAUGUAUAGGGAUGUGAGGUUAGGUGUAUUAUAUUGUGGUAGGGCAAAAUGAUGGUAGGAUCCGAGGGAGCGGGGAAAAACCAGUCUGCCCUAAGGAUAUAGAGGUGGUGAGAGGUUGAAAGACCUUUGAAACACAAUAAAAAUUUUUAAAAGAAUAUUGAGUAUAGAGCUGACAGAUACAAAUCUCUUACUAUGUACUACAAUAUUAAUUCUAAUUAUUUCAGAAAAAGCGUGAAAGCUGCAUUAAUGUUGAUUCCAUUACUUGGUAUUCCCAAUAUUAUGCAGACUAUACCUUUUUCUCCAACUCAGGAAAACAUGAUGGUAAGUCAAGUCAUUGUAAAGUAAUAUAAACUUUAUUUUGUUUUAUUGUUAUAGGUAUCCGUAAUGAAAAAAAAGUGUUUUACAACAUUUUUUAAACAUUUUUUUAUAUUCUAAGUUUAACAUACGUAUAUCUUUAGUACUUUGCCAUAUGGACGUACGUAGCAUCAUUCACAUACAUGUAUCAGGGCUUCUUCAUUUCAAUUAUUUAUUGUUUUACGAAUCGGGAGGUGAGUAAAGAGAGUAUAAUUUAACUGUUAAGUUGUCCAAAUAAUUAUGUGCUCCCUCGUCUCAAAAAUUUGCUGCACAGAAUUAUAUGGCUAAUCUAGUAGCUUUAACUAUUAUAAGCACAGUAAAACCGUAUUGUAAAAACGUUUCUUUGUAUGACAUAUGAGGAUUGUAUAAAAAACUUUUAUUUUUAAUAUGACGAGAGACUUAUGUAACUAUAUGUAAAAAAGUUUAGAAAGAAAUUACCAAAAGCCAUUUUAGGUACAAUCCGUCCUCAAAUCGUGCUAUCAAAGGUUCAAGCUUCAACACUCAUCAGACUUAAGGAGAGGCUCUAAAUCAAUAGCCUCGUACUAUCAAGUUCGAAAUGGAACGACCAGAGUCAGUAUGACUGGAAAGAACGAUGAGAAUGGCGAGACUAAAAUCAAAAUGGUACGGUUUGGUAAUUUUAAGGGCUUUGAAAUUGGAUUUUCAUUUUUUUUAAAUAACAUGGAUCUAGAGCUAGUCAGAGCAAAAAGUGUCAGCUAAACCCUGCUGAAAACCAAAACUUUAAUUUAAAAUCAAGUUUUAUCAAAAAAUUGUUUCAGAUAUCACCUUGUGACUGUCCAACAAAAAACCCGUCACCUGAAAAUGGUACAGCACCUUUAACUUUUGGUUUUGAUGAAAAUACGCCACUAAAAUCUUGCCUACGAUGUGAUCUGGAUUAUGACCCUUAUCAAGAUGAAACCACAAAGUAAGUUAAUAUUUCGGAAAGUUAUUUAAAAUUUACGCAAGUUCUGGGUGAUUUGAUGUUCAUAUGAUUAGGGAAUAUAAAACUAUUUUUGUAAAAUACGACGAUGCUAUAAAUUCAGUACAAUUUUUAACAAUUCUAAUGCGUUACAAGAAGAUUAGCUUGUUAGAUUUUUUAAUUUAUAUGUAGUAUCUCUAUUUUAAUCGUCUAAAUCUUUUUAUUAUUGUUGCAUAAAUAAUUGAGUAUAGUAUAUAGCUCUAAGUAGGGCGUGUUAUUAUAUAUUACACUUCUAUAACUGAACCUGCUAUAAUCUUACUUUGCUAUAUAACAUACAGUAAAACUCCGGUAUAACAAAGCUCCUUUAUAACAAAGGAAUUAUAAAUUUUCAUGACAUUCGUCAUACAGGAGUUUUACUUUAUUACCUUCAAAGCCCAGGUUUUUUGAAAUUUUAAUAAUUAUUUUUUAGGAAAACAUCCGUGGUCACGUUUAUAAAUGGAGUUGGAUAA